AUGCCGGAACUGACCUACGUCAACGCAUCGUGCCACUGCGCGCUCAACACCUUCCGCGUCGGCUUCCUCAUCUCAUCCCUCCCCAUCUCCACCGAUCUUUGCCACUGCUCGACAUGUCGGCACACUUCCGGCCAGCUCGCAGUUGAGCAAGUCUCCAUCCAUGGCGCGCCGCUCGCCCGUGCGGUUGGAGGUAGCCGCCAACACUCGGGCAACAGGAGCAGGAGCCGCAGCCCCGCUCCCGGCGCCCGAAGCACUGGGAACACGAAUUUAAAUACGAAGCGGCACUCGGCCCUCCUCGCACCACCAACGAUCCCGAUAAUCGUGGUCGAGCCCGACAUCCCGCUCGAUCUCACCGACCUGACAGCGUACAAGACCUCUCCGGACGUGACGCGAUACUUCUGCAACUCGUGCUCCUCGCACCUGUUCUUCGUCGUCCACACGAAAUCGACUGAUCCGAUUACGGGCGAGGAAGAGAAGACGGAUAAGUGGGCUGUUGCGGUGGGUGCACUGGACAAGACAGAGGGGAUCGUGCGGCUUGGGUAUCACAUCUGGGUCGGGGACACUCUGGAUGGUGGGAUCGCGAAUCACCUCAGGCGGAUCGAGGGCGUGGGCGUGCUGCCGAGGUACAGCGAAGGCGUAGGAAGCCCGCUCGUGCCUAUCGGGUUGAACGCCAUCCAACCCCCACCUAUCGCCAACGGCUCCGCCAAUCCCAACUCACCCCCCUCCUCCGACCUCCUCAAAGCGUUCUGCCACUGUGGUGCCCUGCACUUCGCACUCACCCGCCCGACCCCAGAGUCCUCCCUACCCACCUCCGUCUAUCCCGACCUCAUCUGCCCCUACGACGUCUCGCACCUGUCCAAGAUCCACAACCCAUCCGACGAGAAGUGGUGGCUCGCCCCACGCCAUUCCAUGGGCCCAAAAACGAAGUACCUGGCAGGGCACUGCAUGUGCACGUUUUGCCGUCUGACGAGCGGGUUCGAGGUGCAAUCGUGGGCGUUCGUUCCGCUGGUCAACGUCCUCGUCCCUGCCUCUGCCAGUGGAGAGAAUGGCGGUGGCCAGGACGGAGAGGAGUGGGUACCGCUCUGCCUAGAAGAAGACGAGCAUCGCCCGAAGGCCUUGAAGCAGUACAUCUCCAGCCCGGGGCGGUAUCGCGAGUUCUGCGGGACGUGCGGUGCGACGGCUUUCUGGUGGCAGUUGGCGGUGCCGGACCUCCUUGAAGUCUCUGUGGGGCUGCUUGAUGAAAGGAUCGACGGAGCGAGGGCGGAGAGUUGGCUGGAGUGGUGCACAGACCGGGUUAGCUAUGAGGAUAAGGCACUCUCCCCGGAGGUGGCAAAGGCGUUGGCCGAGGGGUUGAAGGAGAGUGCAAAGAAGGCGGAAAGCUAG